AAUCCAUUGACAAUUUUGGAGACAAAACGAUUGACGUGUUUAUUUAGCCCAAAAUUUCUCAUUCACUUUAUAAAUUUAUCGCAAAUAUUUAACUGGUGUUCUGUAGUUUUUAGUUCAGUAAGUAGCAUUAAAUUAAACAAAAUGCUUCUCAAGCACUGUUUGGGAGUGCUAUUGUGUGUCGCUGGGUCAUUAGCACUAUACGAUUCGUCUUCUGACGUGGUGGAACUCACCCCAAAUAACUUUGAUAAACUAGUCUCAAAUUCAGAUGAGGUUUGGAUAGUAGAGUUCUUUGCGCCCUGGUGCGGUCAUUGUAAGAACCUUGUCCCUGAAUAUAAGAAAGCCGCUCGAGCACUAAAGGGUAUUAUAAAAGUUGGAGCUAUUGAUGCUGAUGCCCACAAGUCAUACGCUCAGAAAUAUGGAGUUAGUGGUUUCCCUACUAUCAAAGUGUUCACGGGCAGUAAACAUACCCCAUAUCAGGGGCAGAGGAAUGCUGAAGGUUUCAUCGAGGCUGGGUUGAAAGCAGCCAAGGAUAAGGCAUAUGAGAGCCUUGGCAAGAAGGCUGGUGGCUCCUCCUCAGAUAAGUCUGACGUGAUCACGCUGACGGACAGCAACUUCAAGGAGCUAGUGCUGGACAGUGAUGACAUGUGGCUGGUGGAGUUCUACGCGCCGUGGUGCGGACACUGCAAGAACUUGGAGCCCCAGUGGGCGAAGGCCGCCACUGAACUCAAGGGCAAGGUGAAGUUAGGCGCUCUCGACGCCACAGUCCACACUUCAAUGGCGUCCCGCUAUCAAGUGCAAGGCUACCCGACCAUCAAGUUCUUCCCGUCGGGCAAGAAGUCUUCGGACUCCGUCGAGGACUACAACGGAGGCAGGACGUCCAGUGAUAUCGUCACGUGGGCGCUUGACAAGUUCGCGGAGAAUGUACCAGCGCCUGAAGUCUUGCAGGUUGUCGACGAGGAGACGAUGAAGGCUUGUAGCGAGAAGCCGCUAUGCGUAGUGUCCAUUCUGCCGCACAUUCUGGAUUGCAACGCGGCGUGCCGGAACGAGUACCUCGCCAUACUAGCGAGACUCGGAGACAAGUACAAGAAUAAGAUGUGGGGUUGGGUGUGGUCGGAGGCCGGCGCGCAGCCAGCUUUGGAGUCCGCCCUGGAGAUGGGCGGGUUCGGAUUCCCCGCGAUGGCGGUCGUCAACGCGAAGAAACUCAAGUUCUCCACGCUCAGGGGCUCCUUCUCGGAGACCGGCAUCAACGAGUUCCUCAGGGAUCUGUCAUUCGGUCGCGGUCAGACUGCUCCGGUGAGAGGUGCGGAAAUGCCCAAGAUCACCACAACUGAUCCCUGGGACGGCAAGGACGGAGAGUUGCCGCCUGAAGAGGACAUUGACCUGUCCGACGUCGAUUUGGAUAAGGACGAGUUAUAAACGUUAACAUGUGCUUAAAAGACUGUCGUGUGUGUUUGUGUAUGUGCCGAAAAUCUUGGAUGUAAUGCGAACCGCCUAAAGCUUUGAACGCAUUUGGGACACGCCCGACGUAUAGCGACUAUACAAGUAAAUUGUCGUGAUGCGUUCAAAGCGUAAUGUAACACAUCACCUUUCAAUAUUUAAAUAAUGUCAGACUAUGCAUACCCAAAUCUUGUAGACCAGAAUCAUGUGAAAUGUGUUAAUGAAACUUAUCAACGUUAUUCACUCUUUAUAUAGGUGACUGAACAUGUUUCUAUAGUUUUUGCUAUUACCUCCCAUUUAAAAUUAUUAAGAUUGCUUUAGAGUGAAUUCUCAUGUCGCCUAUCUGAGAAAAUUAAUUAACUUUAUGAAAAAUAAUAAUCCUUUCUCUCAUUGAAUGUAUGUGCUCAUUUUUAUUUUUUGAUGCUUAUUUUUCUAAAAUCAAUGUUCAUAUUUUUGGCCCGUUUUUACGGUUCUUGAAUGAAUGGAUUUUUUGAGUGUUCUGUAAGUAUUGAUGAAUUACUUAAUGUAAAGUCUCAAUUAGGAUAAAAAUAAUGUUUCUAACUUUUGGCUGCAACUCUUCCAGUAACUAAGUAAUUUAUUUGCAUUUAUUCCUAGUGAGCAGCCAUAGACAACUUUAUUGAUAUGUAAAAGUAAUUUUCAAUUAAACCAUUUUAAUAUCAUA